CCAAUCCCCUCAACUCCCCGCCUUAGCCGCUGUCCCGAAACGGGUAGCAAAAGAAUUAUUAACAUUCGGUGGUUCGUGACGUCAGCGGAUUGAGAAGCUUCGGAUUGCUUCGGUCCGCGCUCUCGAGCGCACUGCCGAUCAUUCUCCUCCUCCGCCGCCGCCGCCUUAAUCUCCUCCUCCUCCACCGCCAUCGUUUCCUUAAAUCCGGUGCCCGCCUCUCCCCCGGAGGAUUAUCUCUCAUUUCUUUCUUCGGUUCCACAUUUUGUUUCAUCAAUGCCUGAAGAUAACACUAUAAUUGAAUCACCCCGACGAAGGCAUGGCCUCUUAAGAGACCAAGUUCAACUGGUGAAGAGAAAGGACUCUGAUCGAUAUGAAAUUGUUCCAAUUCAAGAUCCAUUAUCUUUUGAAAAAGGUUUCUUUAUAGUAAUACGUGCAUGCCAGUUGUUGGCCCAAAAAAAUGAUGGAAUUAUUUUGGUUGGGGUAGCUGGUCCUUCUGGUGCUGGGAAGACUGUAUUUACAGAGAAGGUCCUCAAUUUCAUGCCAAGCAUUGCUGUCAUAUCGAUGGACAACUACAAUGAUUCAAGUCGUAUCGUUGAUGGAAAUUUUGAUGAUCCACGGCUAACAGAUUAUGACACUUUGCUGGAAAACAUCCGUGGACUAAGAGAGGGGAAAUCUAUUCAGGUACCAAUAUAUGAUUUCAAGUCAAGCAGUCGCAUAGGAUACAGGACUGUUGAUGUUCCUAGCUCUCGAAUUGUUAUUCUUGAAGGUAUUUAUGCUUUGAGUGAGAAGUUGCGCCCUCUACUUGACCUCCGUGUUUCUGUGACUGGUGGGGUACAUUUUGAUCUGGUAAAAAGGGUUUUGAGGGACAUACAGCGUGCUGGACAAGAACCUGAAGAAAUAAUUCAUCAAAUUUCAGAAACGGUCUAUCCAAUGUACAAGGCCUUCAUUGAACCAGAUUUGCAAACAGCACAUAUAAAAAUUUCCAACAAGUUCAACCCGUUCACAGGCUUCCAGAAUCCGACUUAUAUUCUAAAGUCACCAAGAUCUGUAUCGGUGGACAAAAUCAAGGCUGUUCUUUCGAAGGAACACAAAGAAUAUAGCGAACAAACUUAUGACAUAUAUCUAUUGCCGCCAGGGGAAGAUCCAGAAGCAUGCCAAUCUUAUUUAAGAAUGAGAAACAGGGAUGGAAAGUACAAUCUUAUGUUUGAGGAAUGGGUAACCGACAGUCCAUUCAUCAUAUCACCAAGAAUUACUUUUGAAGUUAGCGUGCGCCUUCUUGGUGGGUUAAUGGCACUGGGCUAUACCAUUGCAGCAAUUUUGAAAAGAAGCAGCCAUGUGUUCUCUGACGACAGGGUGAUUGUGAAAAUUGAUUGGUUGGAACAACUUAAACGUACCUAUGUACAGGUGCAAGGAAAAGAGCGGCUGUUUGUUAGGUAUAUAGCAGAGCAAUUGGGCUUGGAAGGUUCUUUCAUUCCUCGUACCUACAUCGAACAGAUUCAACUAGAAAAGCUUGUGAAUGAAGUCAUGGCAUUGCCUGAUGAUUUGAGGACAAAGCUCAGUAUAGAUGAUGAUCUGGUUUCGAGCCCUAGAGAAGCGCUUUCACGAGCAUCUGCCGAUAGGGUCGCUAUGAGAAAUAAACAUCUUAAAAGUGGAAUGUCCCACUCAUAUUCAACACAAAGGGACAAAAAUAUUGCUAAGCUCACCAGACUUGAAGUCAACAGCAGCAGGUUUGAUGCACGAACACCUGAAUCACCUGCAGUUAAUCGGGAGGUGGUUAACCAACUAUCAGAACAGAUAUCAACUCUGAAUGAAAGGAUUGAUGAGUUUAGUUCGCGAAUCAAAGAACUUAGUUCAAAGUUUAGUUCACGGAAAACUUCCGUGAGCCAACAAAACUUGGCCCUCCAAAAUGAAGCUUGUAAUGGCUCUGUCCCAACUUCGGUUUUUGUGUCUAACUUGGGCAACGGUACCAUUUUGCCCAGUUCAUCUUCUUCCACCCAACUGAAUAAGGAUUCUCCCCUGAUGGAAGAGCUCAUGCUCAUCACUCGAGGACAGCGUCAAGUGAUGCAUCAGUUAGAUAACCUCUCUAAUUUAGUUCAUGAGCAAUUGGCUGUAUUGACUCAGCAAGACAGAAGGGAUAACAGAAGUAGAUUGCUUGACUUGGAUCUUAUUGGGAAUCCAGUUCUCAUACUCCUGGUGGGUGGCAUCAGCUUUUUCCUAUUCAAAAAUCUUAGUAGGAACUGAAUUGAAGGCUCGACUCCAUUUUGGAUCGCACCAGAAUUCUUUUACACGAGCCUUGGGGAUUGCCACAUCGGUCUUAAUUCAUGACCUUUAAUAUUGCAAUGCUAUCGACUCAGCUUGAAGGUCACACAUGAUGGGGAUUUUGUAGGAGGCACGGUGUUAUUUUCCUGCCUUUUGUUCUUUUUCCAUUUCUUCUGCAUGAGCCAUAAAUUUGUAUAUUUAAGAUGUGGAAGUUCCAGAUUCAAAACUAAUGCUGUGGGAAUCUCUCGAGUAUAUAGUUGUAAUAAAUAGUUCUAGCCUCUAAUUACCAAGCGCUGGUUUACUGCUUG